AUGCCUGCACAUAAUUUGAGGGUAAAUAGUGUAAUUCACCCUUGUUAUUUCUUUUUCUCUGCUCGGAGUUUGCCGGGGGAAAAAGAGGCAAAGGACGACCUUCUCUCUCGCUCUAUUACAGUAAUGCGCUAUCCUCACGACCAAAUACCCAUCUUUGCUUCCCUGCUGGACCUGUGUUCAUCCACCCAUAACCUAACCCAACUGAAACAAAUCCACUCGCGACUUAUCGCUCUCGGAAUUUCCCGCCACGACUUCAUACGAGCAAAGCUCGUCUCAUCCUACUCUUCCUGUGCCCAAAUGCUCGAGGCCUCCUUCAUCUUCUCUCUCACCAACCGUAAAUCCACCUUUCUAUACAACUCCCUCAUCCGAGGCUUCGCUUCUCUGAACCAUUUCUCUCAAUCCAUAUCAUGUUUCCGCCAGAUGCUUCUUGCCCAAAAACCCAUUGACCCCUACACGUUACCUGCGGUGCUCAAGUCCUGCGCCGGGUUAUCGGCUCUGACUCUUGGCCGUCAGGUUCAUGUUUUGGUUUUGAAAAAUGGGCUUUCUUCAGAUAUCCCAAAUUCUAAUGCCGUAAUAACUUUGUAUUCAAAAUGUGCGGACUUGGGUAGUGCUAGGAAUGUGUUCGAUGAAAUGCCUGAGAGAAAUAAGAUUACGUGGUCGGCAAUGAUGGCGGGGUACGGGAUGCAUGGGAGUCCGAGGGAGGUGCUUGGGUUGUUCGAAAAAAUGGUGGGUGACGGAAUGUUGCCUGACGGAGUGACUUUUACCACCGUUCUUACGGCUUGUAGUCAUGGGAGGUUGACGGAGAUGGGGAGGGAGUAUUUUGAGAUGAUGGAGAGGAGGUUCGGAGUGAAACAAUGUGUCGAACAUUAUACGUGCAUGGUGGAUAUGUUGGGGAGGGAGGGGAGGGUGGAGGAAGCAAAAGAGUUGAUUGAAAGGAUGGAGGUGAAGCCUGAUGAGGUUUUGUGGGGGGCUUUGUUGGGUGCUUGUAUAAUUCAUGAUAAGGUGGAUGUAGCUGAGGAGGUGGCCGAGAAAGUCUAUGGGAAGAAACUGAGUGCAGCAUAUCAAUAAGUACAGUUGCGCAGUAACGAAGGUCGGUCUCUCGGAUGGAUCCUGUAACGAUCCCAAAUCGAUUAAGUAUGUGUUCAUAUGAACUCAACCACUCUUUCCAUACGAGCCGUUUUUCCAUUGUGAGUUGUACUCAUGGGCUCAUGUCAUUUGAUAUUAGAGCAAGCAUCAUUUCUCGAAUUCAAUUCACUGAAGUGGCGACCUAUGAGUUAGAUUAAAAUGUCAUGGUGUUAUGUGUGGACAUACAGCCAACUCGCUGAAAGGGAUGGAUUAAUAUAGAAAUGACCAUCAUUCAGUGUGGAUAGAGUUGGCCGCUAUGAACUUUAGUGAUAGAAGCAUGAUGGAAUGUUAUGAUCACACAUGCUUCAAGUACAGUUUCUGAUAAAUAUACAUGUAUCUACAUGAAAUCUUGAACACCCUUCUUUUGAACCACUUAGGUUAUUAUCACAUCCGGGCCUCUAGAAUUACCAUGAGAAUCACAGGCAUACUGGGUUUUUGAACAACAGAUAUAUACCAAGUUGAUUGGGUCAGUAGAUUUGCUCUCGCUAACUUUUUUCCUGGCUCAAUCCUUAUUUCAAAACAAUGAUGGUGGGGACCAAGGGAGCAUGUAUUAUGUAUAGAUGACCUUUCUAUAAUGCUGGAUGAUGGGUGAGGAUGGCUAUAAGUGUCCACCACCUCAAUGCUCCAAGGAAAUACAGCUGUACUCUGAAGGAAAUACAUCUAAAAUUCGAUGAAUUCAUACUUUCAUAAAAAGCAAGAACUAAUGGCCAUCAACCAGUCUCAAACUUUCACAGAGGCAUUUUUACAAGAUGGGCACCACCUUGUGAUGGGGAAAUAAAGAUAAACUUUGAUGCAGCAAUAGAUAAAACCCGUUCGUGCAUAGCAGCAAUGGCAAGCAGAGCAGAGGCACUAGCAGAAAAAAGGCAGCAUUUUGGGGGCACAACAAGUCCUGGAGCUAUAUUACACUUGAAGGAGAUUCACAAGCCAUCACACAUGCCACAAUGUUGGAACAGAUAAAGCUCCACUGGUCUAUAGUCAUGAUCAUCAAAGACACAAAAAUUACUUGAAGAACACCUUGACUGGAGCAUGGUCCAUUCUUGCACACAAGCAAAUUCAGUUGCGCAUGAGCUUGCUUAAUGGGGCAAGAGAAUGAAAUUUACUGGAACAAUUCCAGCUGAUAGCCUGCUAGAACUGGUGAAGGAAUGUGCUACAAGGAAUGUCAUCUCUUGCGGACAUGCAACCACCUUAGAUUCUGGAGUUGACCAAGUAGUAGUAAUAGUAGAU